GCGUCAGAAAAGAGAAAAACAAGAGGACGACGAGAGCGACGGCUGCAUUGGAGAUGAAGGACGCUGGGAAGCAGGAUCAGAAGGGUUUGCUUAUGAAAACAAAAUACCAGAUUUAAAGAAAAAGCCACCAUGGUGCCCAUGCUUUGCCUGUUUGUAUGGAUUGUACUGUGUUUGAGCAGCUCAGAUGUGGCUGCCUUCAGCUCAGUUGCUGAGAAUGAGGACGCACUCCUCAAGCACUUAUUUGAAGGCUAUCAGAAAUGGGUCCGCCCUGUGGAAAACUCCAAUAACACUAUCAAAGUCCUUUUUGGAUUAAAGAUAUCACAGCUUGUGGAUGUGGAUGAGAAGAAUCAGUUGAUGACAACCAACGUGUGGCUGAAGCAGGAAUGGAUCGACCACAAGCUCUCCUGGAAUCCAGAGGAAUAUGGUGGGAUCACCGCCAUCCGUGUCCCCUCUGAGUCCCUAUGGCUUCCUGACAUUGUUUUGUUUGAAAAUGCUGAUGGACGUUUUGAAGGAUCUCUGAUGACCAAAGCCAUAGUGAGGUACAACGGAUUGGUGACUUGGACUCCACCGGCCAGUUAUAAGAGCUCCUGCACGAUGGACGUGACCUUCUUUCCCUUUGACAGACAGAACUGCUCCAUGAAGUUUGGGUCGUGGACAUAUGAUGGCAAUAUGGUGGACUUGGUUUUAGUGGAUGAAAAUGUAGACAGGAAAGACUUCUUUGAUAAUGGGGAGUGGGAGAUCUUAAAUGCCAGAGGUAUGAAAGGCAACAGGAAGAAUGGGCUGUACUUUUACCCAUUUGUCACUUACUCCUUUGUUCUUAGACGCCUUCCACUGUUUUACACCCUUUUCUUAAUAAUCCCUUGCCUGGGAUUGUCUUUUCUUACUGUCCUGGUGUUUUACCUGCCUUCAGAUGAAGGAGAAAAACUUUCGUUGUCCACGUCAGUUCUAGUCUCCCUCACUGUUUUCCUUCUGGUGAUUGAGGAAAUAAUCCCUUCUUCUUCCAAAGUCAUCCCCCUGAUUGGUUAUCCAAGACUGGAAAUUUAUAGCUCAAGUCCUGGAUCGGAUCUUCCUGUGGCUAUUUCUGGUGGUGUCAGUGACGGGUUCAGUUCUCAUCUUUACACCUGCAUUACAGAUGUGGCUGAACAAUGCUUUGUAGAAAACAGUCACGUGGCAGCAAUACAGCAAGCGCAAUGCCAAAGGAUGAUGGUGCCUGCGAGCUCAAUCUCUGUUAUAUAGGAUGGGAAGCAACAGCAAGGGAAGGGAACGGGAACAGUGGGCACUGGCUAGUGCUUUCUGUCUUCAUACAGCUCCACAAGUUACAGAUUUGGGUGAGAUCAAAGACGGUCUUUGUGCAUAGCUGUGAGUCCUAAUGUGAACUGGGGUUGCACAAUUGAGUUACAAUUGUUUUAGUAGUAGUUUGGUAAUAUUACAAUAAAGCCCAAAUUAUUAGUUGAAAUUGGAAAUAAUACAUUUGGCACAAUCAUUAUACCUAAAAGGUAGGUCUGUCAGUUAAAAAUCUACCUUAUAAAAGAAGUUAUAGUAGGAAAACAAAUCAAUGCUCAGUUUAUCUAAGUUUCCAAGGGAAAACCACAGGGUCUCUACAGGUCACUUUGUGCACAUCAGAACUGUCAUAGAAUCAUACAGCAGGUACAUCAGAAAAAGUACAAAUAUCUCUUUAUAUGGUAUGUUCAAAACCUCCUCUCUGUGACCUCACCUUGCUGAAGGUUCAGCUCAACAGUGUAUCUUACCACUGUACUACCAGUCUUUAUGUAUGCACACUUUGUCUCUCCUUUUGGCCACCAGGAAGCAGGAAGGUGUUUGUUACCUACUUUUCAGUAUUAUUAUAUUUCUGUUCUCGCUGCUGCUCUGUAAUGUACCAAAAGGCUGAACAAUGAAAGAUAUUCCCCAUGCUCUGCAUUUAGAAUCUAUGAUUCCUGCACCAGCUUGUUCACAAGUGGAAGAUUGCCCAAAGCAUAUCGCAUGGAGAGAGGUGACUAUGCUGCGCUGUAAGGCAGCAGUGAUCCUCUGAAACGGUUCAGUUGGAGGAAAGCUGCAGAUGCCCUUUUCGGCAAAUGAAACUUGCAGUUGGCACAGAAGUGCAGAGUUUCUCCUGAGAGCUGUGGGCUGUAUCUUCCUGGCUACCAGGAAGAUACAACUUUAGGUGUGGGCUUAUUCACAUUCCUCAAGUGAUUAAUGAACUCCAGAAUGACAUCUCUUUGGUUCAUCCUCCUGCAUGAUUAGAGAGACAGCUCUUAAAUGUUUAAACAGGGCUUGAUAAAAGUUGGGCAUCUGAAGCUCUCACCACUUUGCUGGGGCAAAGUUUUGCUAACAUGGAGUGCUUUAGACAACACCAUUCAGAACGUGCAGAUAUUUCAAGGCUAGUAAGGGAUUUUGAGAUAAAUUUUUUGACAACUUGCAUGUGAAUGUGGUGUUAAAGCUUUAGCUAGCCCUGAAACUCCCUCACUGGGAUGUAGGUUAGAAGCGUUCUUGUGCUUGGAGUAUGUAUACACAUCAGGCAUCUGGUAGUUAAUAUCAUCCCAUCUUGUGGAGAUGCUGCAGAAAGUUCUGUUCACUUGCG